UUUCUGUUCUAAAAUUGUGUGGAAAAUUCGGCGUUGCGAACACAAAGCCCAUAGCAAAAAUCAUUUUAGUAUAUUGAACCAGAGAAAACUUCGAAAUCUUCCAUUAAAUCCACAUAGGUACAUCAAUUUCUAUGGUGUGCCCAUAUUUCGACGGAAAUCAAGUAAUAAUUAUUUCAGGGGUUUUUGAACCACCCAUAUGUCGAAAAUACUUUGUAAACAAAAAUAACCCUCAAAACAUGAAAUGCCAAAAAUGUCAUCUUUUCUAAAUUUAUUAUCUUUGAUUUGAAACUUAUGGAGCUUCACACCACAGAAAGUAGUAGAUGUUUCGAGGAUUACUUAAAGCAGGCAGGUUGGGGCCUUGCCUACAAAUUUCUAAUCGGAGUUUCAUGCAUUGCUCAUUUCAUACGAGGAGUAAGUUUUGUGGCCAUUGCAUUUGCGAUAGCGUUAUCCAGCUGUAAUCCAGUUUAUUAUAUGGGCAAAAUUAACGCUACGAGAAUGUUCAUUGCAUAUUUUGUUGGUUGUGGAUUUGGUGGUCUAGCAGGAAACUCCUUAGGCGAUCGCCAUGGCAGAAAAGACUACCUUAUCUACAGUUAUUUGUGCAUUUUUGCUUCCGCGUUCGCUGCAGCUUUUGCCUUUAAUGUCAAUGUGGUGAUUGUAGCAGUGAUGUGCUUAGGAGCAGGAUUGGAAGUAAAUGCAACACAAACAAGGCUUCUAGUCAUUGAAAUUCUCACUAAAGAAAAAAGAGGCUUUUGGAUAGCAUUUUGUGAGUUAUUUUGGUCAUUGGGCUAUUUAUUAACAGCAUUUUCGCUAAUAUUCUUCAGAACAUCAACCUUUUUGAAUUUUGGAUCUCCCACCCAGCCUCCCCCAUUUUGGCGAGUUAUGUUUGCGAUCAGUGGCGGAAUAAGCCUUACGAUGGCUUGUGUAUUGAAUGUGGUCGAAGAAAGCCCACGGUAUUGGAUAAGUGCUGAAAGAAGCUUUGUGGCUUACUUAAUUUUAAAAAAAUCUUAUGCCGUUAAUAUGUCGAAAUUUGAAAACGAUUUCAAGACUAAAGAAGAUGACAUAAAAUUUCUUAUAUCGCCUUACGGCCUAUAUUAUCGCGAGCCAGAACAUAUUUCUGACCGAAUCAAGAGGUUUUUUUGGAGACUCUGGAAAAGUAUACGAAUUAUGUUUUCGAAACAUUUUUGCUGGCUGACGUGGGGUUUGAUGUUAAUCAAAAUGCCCAUUAUAGUACUAGGACCUCAUCAACUCAACGUAGCUCUUGGAAAAUAUUUGAUUUUUGACAUAGACCACAAAUACGAUGGUUUGGAUUUUGUGUAUCCCAUAGCUGACCACACGAACGACACGUCCUUUUGUAAUAUCAACGAGCAAAAUGUUUUAUUUAACAAAUAUUUUCUUAUUUUGGGAGUCGCUACUCUGCCUGGCCAGAUAUGCUGUAUCCUUAUGAUUGAUCGGUUGGGUAGAAAAAUUAUUUUGGUAACGAGUCUGCUAUUGGCUGGCUGGUCAUUUCUCACUCUACCGUUUUCCUUAAAUAGAAUAUUUAAAAUAGUAUUGACAUGUCUUAUCACGGCUUCAAUUAGCGUUGUAAUAUUAGUUGUCACACUGAUGAAUUUGGAGUUGUAUCCAACAGCCUUAAGAGGUAGUUCAAAUUCUGUAACAAGCAUCCCUAGCUAUAUUUUUGCAGCCUUUUUUUUGGGCUUCAUUUUAAUGGAACUCAAAUUCUUUGCUAUAUUUACUGGAAUACUUUAUUGCUGUCUUUCAAGUUUAGCAUGCUUUCUACCGGAACUUAGAGGAAAGCCUAUGAUUGAGUAAAUAGAUAAUAUAUACGUAUGACCACAAAGCAGUUUUAUUUUAAUUUAAGCGUUUCCUAUUCUUAAAAGCAUUCCCAUUAUGCUUCUUAUUACGAAGAAUAAUAAUCCUUAACGGAGUUUUAUUUGAAUGUUCGUGGUUCGAAUGCUUUUUCUUUUUUUUGUGUCCUAAAAUAAUCAUUAUAAAAUUUGAUUUUACUAAGAACUGCUUGUGAAUGUUACCAUCUGAGCCAGAUUCCUGAGAAUUAUUUGCCACUGAAUUAACAAAUGAAAUAUCAGUUGAGUCAGUUCUAUUUUUGAUCCAUUUUAUGAAUUGAGAAACGUCGGUGUACAUUCCUAAGUAUCCGGGUACUGCGCAACGAAAUCCAAAAGAAACAAUAC